AUGUUCCCCCUUAUCCAAUCAAAAUGCUAUAUAUUGUCCCCUUUCCUCUCUCUUUAUCCUUUCUUUCUUCUCUUCCUUCUUUUUAUUUCCCCCUUUGUCUCUUCUCUACCUCCUUUCUUUUCAAUCACUGCAUGUUUCUCUUUAUCCAAUCAAAAGACUGUAUAUCCCCUACUUUCUCUCUCCCCUCUCUUCACUCCCACCUUUCUCUCCCUAUUUCAAUCAAACAUGUUUCUCUUUAUCCAAUCAAAAGUCUAUAUAUUCUCUUCUUUUUAUUCUUCCUUUCUCUCUUCUUUUCUUUUUUUCCUUUUCUCUUUCACUUUCCUCCUUUAUUUUGAUCACUGUAUGUUUUUCUUUCUCCCAUCAAAAGGCUCUAUAUUUCUCUUUGUAUUUUCUUCCUUUUUUUAUCCCCCUUUCUGCUUCCUACUUUCCUUCUACCCUAUUUUUCUUCACUGCAUUUUUCUCCUCAUCCAAUUAAAAAGCUAUAUAUUCUCCCCUUUCUUUGUUCCCUUUCUAGUCUUUUCUCUAACCCUAUUUUUGUUCAAUGCAUGUUUCUCCUUAUCCAAUCAAAAGGUCAUAUAUUCUGACACUUCCUCUUUUCUCUUUCUCUCUCAUACUUUUGUUCAAUGCUUUCUCCUUAUCCUAUUAAAAGACUAUAUUUUCACCUUUCUUUUUUCCCCCUUUCUCUUCUGUAUUUUUGUUCACUGUUUUUCAUCCAAUCAAAACACUGUAUAUUCUCAUAAUUGA